CACCUCAGUAAAGAUAGCAUUUCUCUAUAAAUAAGGCCUCAACAUUAAAGUAUUGCUAGUAAAAAAAAACCUUUCCCAGGGCAUUAAUGUAAAAAGGCGUAUCAACUCAUGGCAAGCCACUGUUCAGGUGAAUCAUUAUUCCCUUUUAUUGUUACAUAAUACAUUUCUUUUGUCAGAUGAUUUUGAUAUAUACACAAAAGGAAAGGAAGCCUAAGGCAGUGGAACAGAGCCUCAAAUGAAGUUUAGAAGAUGGCGUUAAUGGCGACUAGAGCUAACCUCUCCAAACUCUUAAGUAGUGUCACCUGUAGAAAACCGGUUUUUGGAUCUGGGUCCUGCUCCCAUGGGGGCAAGGGAAGUUUCGUGAUGGGCCUGAGUUCACAAUUGGGGCCAUUGUUAUACUCUUCCUCAGCUUUGGCUCAAAAUGAGUGUGAGGUAGCUGGUUCGAGACACAUGGGAUCGGAAAUUCUUGGUGUAAAAGACUAUGUGGAUUACAGAAGAUCCUUGUAUGGUGAAAUUAGUCACAAGGCUUUGUUGGUUGAUGCCGUUGGGACACUUGUUAUUCCUUCUCAGCCCAUGGCCCAGAUAUAUAGAACAAUUGGAGAGAAGUAUGGAGUGGAGUACUCGGAGACUGAGAUUUUGAAACGGUACAGAAGGGCUUACGAGCAGCCUUGGGGUAGAUCUCGCCUAAGAUAUGUAAACGAUGGGAGACCCUUCUGGCAAUAUAUUGUCAGUUGUUCAACUGGCUGUUCAGAUUCUCAAUACUUUGAAGAACUAUACAACUAUUAUACCACUGACAAGGCUUGGCACCUUUGUGAUCCUGAGGCUGAACAGGUCUUUAAAGCACUGAAGAAAUCAGGUGUAAAGUUGGCUGUUGUGUCAAAUUUUGAUACUAGACUGAGACCUCUCUUGCGAGCUCUAAAUUGCGAUCAUUGGUUUGAUGUUGUGGCGGUAUCAGCUGAAGUUGAAGCAGAGAAGCCAAAUCCUACUAUAUUUCUGAAGGCUUGUGAGUUACUUGGGGUAGAACCUGAGGAGGCUGUACAUGUUGGUGAUGAUCGAAGAAACGAUGUUUGGGGUGCUAGAGAUGCUGGUUGUGAUGCUUGGCUUUGGGGAAGUGAUGUUCACUCUUUUAAGGAGGUUGCUGAAAGGAUAGGGGUCCAAGUCUGAAAAUAACACAAGCCCUCAAGCAAAUACUUCAAGACUUCUCUGUUUGUACAGUUUUUUGUUCUUUUUUUUUCUAAUAGAAGUAUGCUCUGAAAGGUGACUAGUAGUGCAAACGAGUAUAUACAAAGAAGGUGGACUUUACUGGUAUCUAUAUUUACUGGUAUCUACUCUGUCCAGUACUAGUACCCUCCUACCAGGGCUUGAGGUUCUAUAUUGUAUAGUCUGUUUUCUUAGUUUGAACAAGAGAUGGAAGGCCACAACUGUUUACUGUUGGGACCCGAAAGAGUUGAAAAUAAUGACUUAGACUAUUUCUAA